AUGGAACAAAUAGUGAAACCUCUUCCUGAUACCCCACUAGGACCUAGUGGAUCACCGUCUAAAUCGGAACAUAGUAAACAUGUCUCUAGUAGACAUUCUUCACCCAGAAGGGAUACGGGUAAUGAUAAGAAACAAGAUGAUGAUGAUGAAGAGUUCGAAUUUUUCCAUAAAUUUGAUAGAGAAAAAAUUAAAGGAGUCAUUCAUUUAAUCACCUCAGAAUUGAAAGAGAGAGGUGCUGAUGUUGAAUAUAUUAUGAUACCAUUUAGACCUGAACAAACAAAUGAAAAAUUAUUAAAAUUUUUAAACCAAUUGUUUCCUAUGGGGAAUGGACAACCGGUGAAUAAGAAAUUACAACAGAAAGUUAUCACAAAGACUGAAGUAUGGACAUUAUUUCAAGGUUUAAAAUAUAUUUGGUGUAGAUUACCAAAUUCUGAAAUUAUUGGUUGGAAAUCUUAUUUAGAAUUUAAAUAUAGAGAAGCUGAUAAAGAUUAUCCUCAAAAGGCAUUUUUAGAAAUUAUGCCACAAUGUUUAGAAUCAUCUAAUCAUGCAUCUAUAGUUUAUGAUUUUUUUGAUUUAAUUGUUACUUUAGCAUCAAAUUCUAAAAUUAAUAAAAUGAGUGCAAGGAAAAUAAGUAAAAUGUGUGCCAUUUGGGCAUUCAAUAAACCAACCAAAGAUGAUAGUGCAAUCUCAACGGCAAAUAAUUUAGAUUUUGAUUCAAAUGCGAGUGGAGGUAUCUUACCAAAAUAUAAGAAAGUUAACAAUACUUUUCAAGAUGGUUUAGCAGAAUGGGUUCCAGCAUCAGAUGCAAUGUUUCAUUUGUUACUUGCAUUCUUAAAGAGCUUUGUGCCAAAGGAUCUCGAAUCUGCAAAAUUACCAAGAGCUUUAAAGAGUAUUUUGUUUAAUAAUGAAUAUCCACCAAAGGACUCCACAGCAUAUACAUCCGAGACUAUAUUGACCAUUCCACUUGUAACAUUAUAUACAGAUCAAUUCUCUAGAAAACCAUGGCAACUAUUAGAAAAAUGUAACGAUUUGUUAGAUUUUUCUGAUUAUGAUGCCUUUGAGGCUCGUGAAGAUUAUGCAUUAUUAAAAUCGUUGUUUAAGAAAAAGAAAAAUGUCGAAGGGAUCAGUAGAAAGAUGUCACAAGAAUCUAGAAGAUUGAUGAAGGCUAUGUCAACGAAACAUUCUACAUUCCAAGCUGGUUGGGCUCCAAGAAAAUGUCUAGAAAAUAUUAAUCAUUUGGAAGAAAAUAUACAAGUUAAAAGAGUAGAUAUUGAUGAUUAUUUCAUAUGGACAUGGUUAUCUAGUUUAUCAUAUGAAGAAACUUCUGAAAAAAAGAAAAUAUUUGGUAGAUCAGUAAUAUUAGAAUUUGAAUUUGAUGGAUUUAAAAAAUGGGUUUGUUUUCAAGAGAGUGAUAUUACUUUAGAUUAUAAUAGUCAAAGUCAAUUAAAGGAUAAAAGAAAUGAGGAGAGAACUAAAAGUAGGAAUGCAUCUCCUGCGAAGAGUAAAAAAAGUACAUCAUCAUCUUCACUCGAUAGAAAAGAACCUGUUGCCCUACCAAAGAUUAGAGAUCAAUCAAGGUCAUAUGACAACUUUAAGAGUUCGAAUGAAAGUACCACACGAACAUCAUCUGCCCAAUCGACAGGUCAAUACCAUACUAAAAUUAGCUUAGAUUCCUUAAACAAGAAUGGCAAACAACAAAAAUCUUCAUUUGACAAGAUAUCUAAAUGGAAUCCAUUACACAAUUUAAGGAAAAAGAGUAAUAGCAGUGUUGGCGCAUCUGUAUCUUCAAGUAAUUAUGAGGACAGAAUUCCAUCAAGAGGAGGUUAUAUAGAGAACGAAUCCACCGAUAACAAUUUGAACAAAAAUGUAAACCCAGUGGUCAAUAAUACUAAUAACUAUGAAUUACCACCAAUUGAAACGGAUGGUUUCAAAAUUGAUCUUCCUGAUAUCAAUCCUGAUAUGAUUGUUGCUCGUUCAAGUUACCAACAACCAUACCCUGAUACACUUGAACCUCGCUAUGAUUUAACGUCUGAUUCAGUUUCAGAAAAGAGAAAAACCAUGCAAUCUAAUCCAAAUACCAUAGAAGAAAUUAAUGAAAUGGUAGAAAAUAUGAUUACUGAUGAGAUAGCAGAGAACCCAUCAUUAGACUCAGAGAUCCCUGAUCCCUUUAAGAAUGUUACGAAAUUUGACCAAUAUAAACCAUCAGCUCUUAGAGAUCCAGAUAUGGAAACUUCAUUGUCCAGUACAGUUCAAUCUUUAAAGAUUAGUUCUCCACAGGAUGCUACACCAACCCAUGAUAGAAAUGGUUUGAACUUUAAACAAAAUAACAGUAAUUCUACAAUCAAUUUAAAUAAAGGGCAACAAACAGCAAAUGCCCCGCAGAAAAAUGUUAGCAAUCAACAAUAUAGGUCACAAGGACCUUCUGGUGGUCAAUAUGGGACACCUACCAAAUCUAAGCAACAUGGUUCAAGAGACAAUAAUAUGGCUGGCUAUAAUAAUUAUACUCAACCACCAAAUGGGAAUGGAUACCAAAAUAAUAAUGUGAACAACCAAGAAAGGGCACAAGUUCAACAACCACCAAAAACAAGAGAUAUCGAACAACCAUAUUCACAAUACAUACCGCAGCAACAACAGCAACAAUCUCAGGAAAGAGGACGUUCUCACGGACAACCUAUGUCACAGAACGUCCCAAUCCCACAUAAUGGUAAGAGUAGGAGUGGAAAUGCUAUACCUAAUGGCAAUUUCGUUCCACCAGCCGGACCUCAACAAGGCGUUUACAAUAGUUAUGGUGGAAGCCCAUCUCGUUCAAAUGAAUCUCCAAUGAGACAAGGUCGUGCGCAUUCACCUGUAAGACAACAACCUCGUUCUUCAUCGCCAAUGCGCAAUCCAAAUAUUCCAAAUCAAUAUAUGGGUUCCCCAUCUCCAGGCUAUUAUAAUGGUAAUAUGCCAGCGGCUCCUAACGCUCGUUCAUCUUCACCAAUGCGUCAAAAUGGCAUGGGUUAUCCACAGAUGGGACCACCGCAAGGCCAAUAUAACAACGCUCCAAAGAAACAAGUAGGACCUCAAUACAGCAUAAUGCCCCCACCUGUUCAAUCACCAAGUAUGCAGUUCAAUAACCAGAUGUCACCUCAACAGAGAACCCAGGGUUUCAAUCAACAAAUGCCAAUGGCUCCGAACUAUGGGUCACCACAAUUCCAACAAGGUGCAAUGCCUAUGGCCCCUAUGGGUGGAAUUCCUAUGGGUGGAAUGCCUGCACAGGGGUAUAAUCAAUAUGGUACUGCACCUCCAAAUACGAUACCAAUGCAGAUGCCACACGGUGGUGCUAACAAGUUACAUGGUAAUGCAAACAAGAGACAAGAUAGAAGACAACUUUACGACAAUAUUCGUAGUGGUAACUUUGGUAUCUAG